AUGUUACCAGGAUAUGAUCUGCAUCCAUCUCAGUACACAGACUCCCAUGGCUCAGAUUCUCAGACUGACAGCAGUCGAAUGUUCCAGCAGGAUGCACCCCCCAGGAAACAUACAAGCCACAGGCCAUUGGACCAAACCAACCAUUAUCUCCAGGACGUCCAGAGUGACCAGCUGCAGAGAGGUGUGGUGCUGGGGGCCCCAGGAUCUCCUCAAGGGGUAAAGUCUGUUUCUCAGGCACAAAAAGAUGACAAGCUGACAAACCUGGAGAAGAGGCUGGAGGAACUGGCACGUAUGGUGGACAUGGUCAAAACUCAGAAUGCAGACCUACAGUCACGUGUACAGUACCUGGAGGGAUGUGAGUGUGUGAGGCAGCGAUGUGUGUGGGAGGGGCGUGAAGUGGAGAAUGGCCAGCGCUGGCAGACUGACCCCAACAUUGUGUGUACGUGCACAUCUGGAAAGGUUGCAUGCCAACCAAACAUCAAAGAGUGUGAGCUGGAUGGUGCAGUUCAUAACGUGUCCUACGGCACUCUAGAUGGCUGCCUGACAUGUACGUGUAAGGGGGGUAACCAGGAAUGCCAUCCCCUAAACUGCCCUUCACUGGACUGCACACAGAAGGAGACUGUACCUGGAGACUGCUGCCAGCGAUGCAGAGGCUGUAUCCACUCUGGUGUCCAGUAUGAUCACAGAGCCGAGUGGAGGCCAGCAGAGAAUCCCUGUGACGUCUGUCACUGUUCGGAGGGCCGUGUCCACUGUGAGAGGGAGCAGUGUAACACCCCAUGUGAAAACCCAGGUGCUCCUCCACCCAAUACCUGCUGUCCGGUUUGUCAAGGCUGUGGUGUCAAUGGUCACGACUUCCCUAACGGAGCUGUGAUCCCUACUGGAGACCGUUGUCUAGAGUGUACAUGUGUGGAUGGAAAUGUGGCUUGUUUACCCCUUCCCUGUCAUGCCUUGCAUUGUCAAAACCCUGUGCAUCGUGCUGGCGACUGUUGCCCACGGUGUGAGGAGUGUGAAUAUGAGUCCGAGGUGUAUGUCGAUGGCCAGAGGUUCCCCUCCAGGAGAGACCCCUGCCUCCAAUGUCACUGCUCUGCAGGUGAAGUGUCUUGUGAGCGUAUGGAUUCAUCAUGUCCCACAUUGCGCUGCAGCCACCCAGCUAAGCGCAAAGGAGAGUGUUGUCCCACAUGCGAUGAAUGUGAGUAUGACAGGAGGGUGUACGCUGAUGGAAAAGUGUUCACCCCUGCUGGAAUUGGACCCUGCCUGCAGUGCAGGUGUAAGAGUGGGAAUGUCAUUUGCCAUGAAGAGAAUUGUCCUCCUGUCAAGUGCUCCAAUCCCAUUAUAGACCCACAUCUCUGCUGUCCAAUCUGCAAAGCGUGUGUGUUGGAUGGUGUAGAAUAUGAGGAAGGCUCCAAAUGGCACCCUGAGGGUCCCUGCUCCAGCUGCACCUGUGUGAAUGGACACCCUUUGUGUACACUCACACUCUGCUCUCCCAUCGAGUGCCUGCAUCCCACCAAGCUCACUGGCUCCUGUUGUGCAGUGUGUGAAAGCUGCACUUAUAACCAUCGUAUCUAUAGCAACGGCCAGAGGUUUGCAACCCCUGACCAGCCUUGCCACAUCUGUACCUGUCAGCAUGGCAGUGUAGAGUGUGAGAGAAGACCUUGUCCUCCACUCAACUGUUCCAACUCAUACACACCACCUGGAGAGUGCUGCCCUAAAUGUCCAGACUGCUCCAUUGAAAACCACAUAUUUGUGAAUGGAGAGACUUUUCCAAACCCUGAAAGUGUGUGUGAGGAGUGUAGGUGUGUUAGCGGCACGAUUGACUGUCACCACGCCCAGUGUCCUCACCCUCGCUGUAACGCGCCUUUACCCGGAACAUGCUGUCAGACCAACUGCAAUGGCUGCAGCUAUGCUGGGAAAGAGUAUCCCAAUGGACAGGAUUUUCCACAUCCUACUGACACAUGCAGGACCUGCAGCUGCAUAAAUGGGAAUGUCCAGUGUCUAAUGAAGAGGUGUCCACCACUGCCUUGCUCAAACCCAAAUGUCCUGCCUAGAGACUGCUGCCCACAGUGUCCUGCUCCUCCAUCAGACUGUGUAUAUGAACAACGACACUACAGACACACCGAGCGUUUCUACCACCCGACCGACAGCUGUAGAUCAUGCACCUGCACGAAUGGGACAGUUCACUGUCAGCGCAAGCCCUGCACCUUUGCCGCAUGUUCUCACCCCAUCACCCAGGAGUGCUGCCGGACUUGCGAGGGCUGCCUGUAUGAGGGUCGAGAGCGAGCUAACGGGGAUACGUGGGAUGACGCAUCAGACCCAUGUGCGGUGUGUGAUUGCCAUGAGGGCUCUGUCCGGUGUGAGAGGAAGCAUUGUCCACCAUCCAGCUGUAAGCACCCAGUCCAGAGACAGUGCUGCAUGUCCUGUGAUGGCUGCAUGUUUCAUGGUAAAGAAUAUUCUGACGGCACAGAGUUUGGUGAUGACAAAGACCCCUGUGGCGUAUGUUACUGUUACGGAGGGGAGGUCGUCUGCACUAAGAUACCCUGUUAUGGAGAAUGCAGCCACCCGUACAAGCCAGCCGGACAAUGCUGCGGAGAAUGUGAACGCUGCUUCUAUAACAGCGCAGUCCUCACAAACGGACAGUCGAUCCCUGAUCCAGGAAACCUCUGCUCUGAAUGUACCUGCCAGAGUGGUUCAGUACGGUGUGUGAAAAAGGCAUGUCCACCAGCCGUCUGCACUCACCCGGUCACUAACGCAUGUGGCUGCCCUGUCUGUGAUGGUUGUCACUUCCAAGGUGUGACUUAUGUUGACGGACAGAUCCUUCCAGGAGAGGGGGGAGGGUGCCAUGACUGCACAUGCUCAAGAGGCGAGGUGGUGUGUGCACAGCGACGAUGCCCUGCGGUGGCUUGCCCUCACCCAGCUAUGGAUGGCUGUGCAUGUGGAGUGUGUGACGGAUGCAACUUUAAUGGACGAGACUGUUUGAAUGGAGAACGAUUCCCACACCCUGCAGACCCCUGUCAGCUCUGCUCCUGCCUGAAUGGUGGUGUGGUGUGUACACAUGUGUCUUGUCCAAGUGUGGCCUGUAUGCAUCCAGUGACCCCUCCUGGGAAGUGCUGCCCUGUCUGCACGGGAGUUUGUCAUCAUCAGGGGAAAGAGUAUCAGUCUGGGUCCUCCUUCACUUCGCCCUCUGAUCCCUGCUCUUCGUGCUCCUGUCUGAACGAGGUGGUGAACUGUCAGAAGAGACCUUGUCCAGUCCAGUGCUCCCAUCCGGCCCCUUCAGUUACCUGCUGCCCCGUCUGUGACUCCUGUCUGUAUGAGGGUGUCGUCCAAUCUCACAGUCACACCUUCACGCCCUCCUCCAACCCUUGCCAGCGCUGCACUUGUGUCAGAGGCACUGUCACCUGCGUGCCCCAGGUCUGCCCACCAACAGCCUGUGUUGAACCAGUUACCAAGCCAGGACAGUGCUGCCCUGAGUGCACAGGUACUUAGCGAACUUGUGUGCUGGAUGGACAGGAGUUCAAUGACAGGCAGACAUGGACCCUGAGUUCAGACCGCUGCUCCACCUGCACUUGCCAGGCAGGUGAGGUGCAGUGUGCAUCUCCUGAGUGUCCCAAGCUGUCUUGCAUGCAUCAGGUGACUGAUCCAGGAGCCUGCUGUCCUCGCUGUAGAGGUUGUAUGUAUGGCGAAGAGGAGCAUACUGAGGGCAGCAGCUGGUUUGCAGACUCCACUCCCUGUAUGAACUGUAUGUGUGUGGCCGGGGUGACCACCUGCUCUGAAGUACGCUGCCUAUCUCCCUGCAGCAACUUCAUCAGUGUGCCCGGGGAGUGCUGCCCUGUGUGUGCUGAUUGUGUAUUUGAGGGCAGAGUGUAUGGUCCCGGUGACAGUUUCCAUCCAGCCGAUGACCCAUGUCAGAUCUGCAGUUGUGAGGUAAUGCCGGACGGACAGCAACACCUAAAGUGUUACCGAAAGCAGUGUCCAAGUCUGGUCGACUGUCCUAAGAGCAACAUCUUGUUCUCUGGACCAGACUCCUGCUGUCCUGUCUGUGCACAGCCUCUCAGUAACUGCACCGCUGCACUAAUUGGCAACGAGGUCUUGGCGACAGAUGACCCCUGUUUUACCUGCCAGUGCAAGGACCUGACAUGGACCUGCUUACACCACAACUGCCUCCCGCUCACUUGCCCUCAAAACGAACAGUUCACCCCUCCGGACUCAUGCUGCCCUGUGUGUAAAGAUUGUGUGAUUGAGGGCCAGAACAGACGUGUGGCCAACGGCAGCAGCUGGACAGACAGCGAUGACGACUGCGUCAGAUGUACCUGCAAGUUGGGCUAUAUUGAGUGCAGCAUUGAAGAGUGUUUACCUGUGGUUUGUCCUAAUGGCCAGAAACAAGUGAAGAUUCCAGGGAAAUGCUGCUAUGAAUGCCAAGACUCAGGAGUGUCGUGUAUGUACCAGGGAACAGCGUUUCGCUGUAACGAACAGUGGGAGGUAGAUGAGUGCACCAGCUGUACGUGUGUGUCUGGAGACGUACAUUGUCAUAGUGAACGCUGCCCUCCCCUCACCUGUGCAACAGUCAGUAUAAUUAACACACACACUCUUUCUCAGUGUUUCAUCAUAAUCUGAAAUGUGCCCAUGAUGCCUCACUGUUCUAAAACUUCAGUCUGUAGAGAGACAUGCAAUGUGUAUAGAGAUUUUUCUCCACCUGCAAAAAAACAGAGGGCAGCGUGUCGCCUAUCAGUUCAUAACUGCUGCUAGCCAUGCAGCUAACUUACCAGAACCAGAGGAAGACGAGUGGCAGCAGAACCAGGCACAGCAGCCUCCCAGUGAUCGGAGCCGGCCUGGGACUAAACACAACCUCUGUGACCGACAGAGGCCAGUUUGACAACAGAGAAUACAGUACAGAGGUGAUUUACAGCGGCUCUGACCAGGACUCUGACUCCGGGGACAGUGAAGACAGGGC